AUGGCUGAAAACGAGAAGAGCGAGAGCCAGGAGCCAGACGAGGAGGAGGAGGAUGCCGGGGACGAGAAGACGAAGAAGAAGAAAGCCGGGAAGAAGGAUGGCUACCCGAGCGCCGACGCAAACGAUGGCGAGGAGCCGGAGUCCCAGAUCGACUCCCAGACUCAGCUCCUGCAAAUGCUGCGGAAGCGAGGGCCCUGCGAGGAGUCCCGCCGCCACACGGCGCGGGAGCAUCCUUUCUGGGACACGCAGCCUGUUCCGUCCAUGAGCUCCGAGUAUGGCCAGGAUGCCGGACCUCUGGAUGACCUGAAGACUGUGGACGAUGUUCGGCCAGAGCCCUAUCCUUUGCCUGGGCAGUUUGAGUGGUGCACCUGCAAUGUCGAUGACGAUGCCGAGAUGCAGGAAGUCUACACCCUCCUGACGGAGAACUAUGUCGAAGACGAUGACAGCAUGUUUCGGUUCGACUACUCCGUCCAGUUUCUGCGGUGGGCAUUGAAGCCUCCAGAAUAUUUGAGGAACUGGCACCUUGGGGUGCGGGUCAAGGGCGGCGGCAAGCUUGUUGGCUUCAUCACCGGCAUCCCAGCAAAGAUGCGGGUUUAUGACAAGUCCAUCCAAAUGGUAGAGAUCAACUUCCUUUGCGUCCACAAGAAGCUUCGGUCGAAACGUCUGGCUCCGGUCCUCAUCAAGGAGAUCACCCGGCGUGUGAACCGGGAGAAUGUCUGGCAGGCCGUCUACACCGCCGGGGUCGUGCUUCCCAGACCCGUCGCUGAGUGCCGCUAUUGGCACCGCUCGCUGAACCCCAAGAAGCUGAUCGAAGUGGGCUUCUCCCACUUGGGCCAGCGCAUGACCAUGGCCCGGACCAUCAAGCUCUACAAGGUGCCCGACACGCCCCAGCUGGCGGGGAUGCGCGAGAUGCGGAAGGAGGACGUGCCUCGAGUCCACGGGCUCGUCUCGAACUACCUGCAGAAGUUCUCUUUGCAUCCGGAGUUUACUCCCGAAGAGGUCGAGCAUUGGAUGCUGCCGAAAGAAGGUGUAGUGUCAUGCUGGGUUCGCGAGAAUGAAAAGGGCGAGGUCACCGAUGUGUUUUCCUUCUACAGCCUGCCAUCUUCCAUUCUGGGCCAUCCGAAGCAUAACUUGCUGAGAGCCGCCUACUCCUACUGGAAUGUGGCUACGACGGUGCCGCUUCAGGAUCUGAUGCUUGACGCGCUCAGUGUUGCCAAGCAGCAGGGCUUUGAUGUCUUCAAUGCCUUGGACAUCAUGGAGAACGAGUCCUUCUUGAAGGAUCUGAAGUUCGGCAUUGGCGACGGGUAUUUGCAAUACUACCUCUACAACUGGAAGUGCCCCAAGAUUGAGCCGCGAAACAUCGGGCUUGUGCUGCUGUAG